GUUUAGAACGUACGAAUAAUGUCAAUAUAUUCGUUGAGAUGAAUGAACGAAUCCGAAUAGUUUAAAAGUGGUUCAGUGUUACACAAGCCCGCCAUUUGACCUGACGCAGGCGCAGCUUAUCGAACAUGUGUUGAUCCCCAUCUCGCGUAUCUAUCGAAAAAAUGAUCACUUUGGACCUGAAUGUUUUUGUGCUGUCAGUUAUUCUGUGUGUAUCGAGUGGCAGUGUUUUGAACAGUGGCAUCUAUAGAUUAGAUAUAAUUCAUUAUAAUGAUUUUCACGCCAGAUUCGAGGAAACAACAGUGCAUUAUCCAGUAUGUGUGUCAAAUGACAGCAAUUGUUUAGGCGGUUACGCGCGUUUGUAUCAUGAAAUAACAGAGCUAUUGAAAGAAAAACCCGGAGCUCUAGUAUUGAAUGCCGGCGACACGUUCCAAGGGACCUAUUGGUAUACGUUAUUGAAAUGGAAUAUUACGCAGAAAUUCAUCAAUCUGCUGCCCAAUGAUGUUCACACAAUCGGUAAUCAUGAAUUUGACGAUGGAAUACCGGGCCUAGCACCGUACCUUGCAGCACUCAAAGCACCAGUGGUUGUGGCCAAUAUAGAUACUAGUCAAGAGCCGUCCCUGCAGGGGCUGUAUAAACCACACAUAGUAAUUGAAAGAAACGGAAGAAAGAUUGGAAUUAUCGGCAUUAUGACCACAGAAACACAGACAUCAUCUAACCCUGGCAAAGUAUUAUUCCUAGAUCCCAUUAAAGCUACGAAAAGAGAGGCUCAACUACUUACUGAUGAAGGAAUUGAUAUAAUUAUUCUUUUAUCACAUUGUGGACUUGAUAUAGACAAAAUAAUUGCAAGGGAAGUUGGUGAAAACAUAGAUAUUAUUAUUGGAGGUCACUCACACAGUCUUCUAUGGAAUGGCGAAUCACCGAGUCACGAGGAAAUAUCAGGUCCAUAUCCUGUUAUUAUUGAAACAGCCGCCAGAACAGGGCAUAAAAUACCCAUAGUCACAGCAUCUGCGUUUUCGAAGUAUAUUGGUAAUUUAACCGUAUACUUCGACAAAUACGGAGAUUUGAAGCAUUUCGAAGGGAAACCGGUUUUCUUAGACAGAUCCAUUCCUGAAGACCCCGAGAUGAAAGCACUGCUGAAGCCUUAUCAAGAUAAACUUCAUACAAUUGUUAAGGAAGUUGUGGCGUUCGCCAAAGAAGAUCUCAUAGCAACGCCAUGUGGUGCGGGCGAGUGCGCCAUUGGCGAUAUAUUUGCUGAUGCAUUGUUAGAAGCGGGCCAAGAAGCAAAGCCUUCCGAUUUACCACAUGUAGCUUUCUUUCUGAGAAAUAUGAUUAGAGGAUCAAUUGAAGAAGGAGACAUAACCCGAGGGGAACUCAUAAAUACUUUACCAUUUGGAAAUGGGGUGGUAACAUUCAUUGUUCGAGGCGAAUAUCUAAUAGAUAUCUUUAAAAUUUGCACAACCAAUGCUUGGGUGAAAAAGCCCUUCCAAGGACCUUGGAUGCCACAAAUUGCUGGUAUGCAACUAACUCUAAAUUUGAAGAACGGGACUGAAGUAGAUGCAAAGGUAAAGGAGGGAAGUGAAUUUGUUCGUAUGGACCCACAGAAAGAAUAUCAAGUCACAACCAUUUCAUUUAUCGUCAGAGGAGGCAAUCAAUUUGAGACAUUAAAAAAACACGGUCGAGACUUUAAAACUAUUGGGAAUGAUAUCGACGUCGUGGAGAGAUAUCUUAGUAAAUUAUCACCUAUUACACCAACCUUGGAUAACAGACUCAUUGUUAUUAAUUGAUAAUAUUAUAUUUUUAAAGCAUU